ACUCAGUUGCCUUAUUGUGACUUUUUCUUAACCAAAUCUUCCAGAUUUCUCUAUCCUCCACUCUCUCCAUAUAUUUACAACAAGCUCGAAUAUUUAAAUGGAGAUAUUGGGUUUUAUCUUUUAGUUUAAUUGAAGAGAGAAGAAGCGAGAGGUACCAGCGUCCGCCAUGGCUGGUUUGCAAAGAUCAGCGGUGUCUUUUAGGAGGCAAGGGUCUUCGGGGCUUGUUUGGGAUGACAAGUUUUUGUCGGAGUUGAAUCAAGGGAAACCAGAAGAGCAGCAACAAGAAGGAGACACGAAACAGCUGCAGAAAGAGGAACCAAGGCAGUUGCAAGACAGCCGUAACCCAGAAAAGUUUGACGAUGUUAAGGGUGUUGCCCCCAUCAACACCAUCGAAAGAAACCGAUCAAAUGGUGAAAGACGAGGUUACCGGACUGGUGGUAAGGUAUCCCCUGCUAUUGACCCGCCUUCUCCAAAGGUUUCAGCUUGUGGUUUCUGCAGUGCUCUUGGGAAACAAACCAAGAAUCGUAGGAAAAAGCCUCGUAAGCAUAGAACAAAAUAGGCUUUUUUUUGCCUAUCCUUUUCUUGUAUUUGCCGGUAACCGGAGUUGGAAAUUCCGGUGAACUUGAUUGGUAUAUUGGUAUACCAAUAUAUGGUCUUUUAGGCUUUUUUUCUUUAGCCCAUCUCCGUGAACUGAGAUGCGGACUUUAGGAAAGAAAGAAUAGAUCGUUGUCUUGUUUUUUCUUUUGGGUGUUUCAAGUUUUGAUCUUUUUAUGUUCUGUUAGCGAUUACUGUUUUCUGUUUUAUUCAGAAAAAUGUGGUUUGGAUUGAUAUGUAAUUAAACGAAUCUGUAAAUGUUUCACUAUUUGGGUCACGAUGAUGAGACAAAAUUUCAUGAUGAACAGAAGGCAAAAUCUUGAUUCACACUCA